AUGCAUCCCGCUGACUUUGAAACUGCUGGAACUGGUGGAGGGGAUGCAAAUUCGUCCUUCGGCCACGCGAUGCGUAACAAACACUUCUUCUUCGCACCGAGCUACCGACCCCUUAACCAUGGUUCCUUCGGAGUCUUCCCGCGCAUGGUUCAAGAAUAUCAGCAACGACUGCAACUUGAGAGUGAAGCCCGCCCCGAUACAUUCAUACGUUACACGUAUCCGGCACUGCUAAAGGAAGCUCGCGCAUCAAUAGCGCCCCUACUCGGAGCAAGCACCGACGAGGUGGUUUUCGUCCAAAAUGCGACGUCAGGCGUCAAUACGGUGCUAGGAAAUCUCAUAUUCAAGCCGGGCGAUGUCAUACUGCAUUUCAGCACCAUCUAUGGAGCUUGCCUGAAGACAAUACAAUACCUCGGAUCCAAUAACCCCGUGGAGUCAUACCAGAUAGACAUCGAGUACCCAAUGGAAGACGAGGAGAUCGUACAAGUCUUUCUAGACUCUGCCCAGAGAGUUCGGUCGCAGGGGAAAACGCCAGUGGUAGCCAUGUUCGACAGCGUGUUGACAUUUCCUGGGGCUCGUUUCCCAUGGGAGAAGCUGGUAGACAUUUGCCGCAAGCUCGGUGUAAUGAGUCUGGUUGAUGGUGCACAUGGUAUUGGUCACAUUGAUUUGACACAUCUCGGCCGAGUUGGACCGGACUUCUUCAUCAGCAACUGCUACAAAUGGCUUAUGGUUCCUCGUGGAUGUGCGGUCAUAUACGUGCCUUUUCGCAAUCAACACUUGAUACAGACAACCUGCCCCACGUCCUGGGGAUUUCAGACCACGAUUGAUCGUGCAAAGCUGAACAAAUCUGAGUAUUUCGUGAAACUUUUUGAGAAAAUCUCAACCACCGACAACACGCCUUACCUAUGUGUGCCAAUUGCGUUACAGUUCAGGAAGAGCCACUGCGGCGGGGAGUCUACAGUAAUGUCAUAUUGCACCAAGAUUGCGAAGGACGGAGGCCGCAAAAUGGCUGAGAUUAUGGGAACGGAGACUCUUACUAAUGUAACAGGCAGCCUACAACAAUGCUGCUUUGUAAAUGUACGACUACCAGUCACCCUUGCCGACCUCGAUGCGCCAGAUUCGAAGGGGUUGCAUAUCGCAAAAUGGAUGCAAGAGAAGACGCCAGCAGAGUACGAGACUUAUAUACCAAUCAAAUUCUACAAGGGUGGAUUCUGGUGCCGCAUCAGCGGCCAGAUCUACUUAACGAUAGACGACUUUGAAUGGGCAGCAGAAACAUUGAUGGACCUAUGCAAGAGAGUGAAAGGAGGAGAGUGGAAAACGGUAUCCAACAUGGGGUAG